AUGGCGGACCAGGUCACCACCAUAGACAGUAAAGCGAUAUACUAUGAAGUCCCUCCAACAAUUACCUUCCUUCUCCGGUUUUGUAACGUGACAAUGGCACUGAUGGUAGUGUUAUCGUUUACUAUGUGUUUGGUCGAGGGUCAUCGAAACCAGACUUUCUACCUACUGGCCUGUAAUACUGUUAUAAGUGCGCUCGUUGGAAUAGUUGUGAACUGGUGGUACAGAGGUGGUGACUUGAGUUCAGAUAAAUACUGGUAUCUGUUCAUUGUGGCAGCCGUUAUAACGUUCCAGUGUAUCACAACAGACAUCUACCUUUUCAAAUCUGUACCGAUCGACGACUCCAGCAUCCAUCCAGCCACGAUUAGGACCACACCUAGACCAAUAAAUCGGUCUACAAUCACUGCUGCCACCAUAAAGAGCCUUAUUGAUUUCUACACCCCUGAUCCUGUUUCCUAGGCACCAACACAAUGACAUAUCUAGUUGGGUGAUAGGAACUUGAUAGGCCUCCAAAGCCAUUGUCGUGACUAACCCACUAGUCCAUCUCCACAUUUACUGCAAAAUGUUGUU